AAAAUUAGGCUGGCCACACCCUAUACACACGUUGCGUUGCAUUACAAAUCUUAGUUAGAUUUUUGUGGUUGCUGCAAUCUGAAUUAAAGAAUUGUUCUGAACAAUUUCAAAGACCCUUAACGAUUCAGCAAUGGCCACAGGCGAACGCAAGGGUACCUUUAAGGUGGAAUAUUUGCAGAAGAUCGAGCGAGAGGUUCAGCAGCGAUGGGAAACGGAGCGGGUUCACGAGUCAGACGCUCCAACGGCUCCUAAGAAACGGCAGGCGGAGAAGUUCUUCGUGACUUUCCCCUUUCCCUACAUGAACGGACGCCUCCACUUGGGUCACACCUUUUCGCUCUCGAAAGCAGAGUACUCGGUACGGUACCACCGUCUGAAAGGACGUCGCGUCCUCUGGCCCUUCGGAUUCCAUUGCACGGGCAUGCCCAUCAAAGCCUGUGCGGACAAGCUAACUCGCGAAUUGGAGCAGUUCGGCUUUCCGCCCAAAUUCCCUGAAACUCAGGAAGUGACCCCUCCUCCUGUUGAAACAGCCUCCGAAGUGCCCAAAGACAAGUCCAAGGGAAAGAAGAGCAAGGCUGUAGCCAAGACCGGAACCGCCAAAUACCAAUGGCAAAUCAUGCAGAGCUUGGGCCUCAAGGACGAGGAAAUCAAGGACUUCGCCAAUGCAGAGCACUGGCUGAACUACUUCCCACCGCUGGCGGUACAGGACCUCAAGAGGAUCGGCGUGCACAUCGACUGGAGACGCACCUUCAUAACCACAGACGCCAAUCCCUAUUUCGAUUCAUUCGUCCGUUGGCAAUUCAAUCACCUGAAGGAGCGGGGCAAGAUCAUGUACGGCAAGAGGUACACCAUCUAUUCGCCCAAAGAUGGACAACCCUGCAUGGACCAUGAUCGAUCUUCGGGCGAGGGUGUCGGUCCCCAGGAGUACACGCUCAUUAAGAUGAAGGUUCUGGAGACUCCCAAAGCUUUGAGCUCCAUCAAGCAACCAAUUUACAUGGUGGCCGCCACUUUGCGUCCGGAGACCAUGUACGGUCAGACGAACUGCUGGCUGCAUCCGGACAUCAAGUACAUUGCUUGGCAAACGAGCAGAAACAACGAAGUAUGGAUCAGCACUCGUAGGGCAGCCAGAAAUAUGACUUACCAGGGUUUCACUGCUGAGGAAGGUGACGUCAAGGUUCUGGCUGAAGUAACUGGGCAAGAUCUGCUGGGAGUUCCCCUUUCCGCUCCUCUUACCCAGCACAAGAUCGUCUAUACCCUGCCUAUGCUAAGCAUUAAGGAAGAUAAGGGAACUGGCGUGGUAACCUCAGUGCCCUCCGAUUCGCCUGAUGAUUACGCAGCUUUGGUGGAUCUGCAGAAGAAGGAAGCUUUUAGACAGAAGUACGGACUAAAGGAUGAGAUGGUGCUGCCCUACGAGCCCAUUCCCAUCAUCGAUGUGCCCACGCUGGGAAAACUAAGUGCCGUCCAUGCUUAUGAAACUCUGAAAAUCCAAUCGCAAAACGAUAAGGACAAGUUGGCCGAAGCUAAAGAGAUGUGCUACCUCAAGAGUUUCUAUGACGGCGUAAUGUUGGUGGGUGAAUUUGCGGGUCGCAAAAUUCAGGAUGUUAAGAAGGAUUUGCAGAAACGUUUGGUCGACGCCAAUGAAGCGGACGUGUACUACGAACCGGAGAAGACCAUUAUGUCACGUUCGGCCGACGAGUGCGUGGUGGCUCUUUGUAACCAAUGGUACCUUAAUUAUGGAGAACCUGUAUGGCAGGCACAAGCCAUCAAGAUCCUGCAGGACAUGGAAACCUUCCACGAGGAGGCGCGCAACAACUUCGAAGCUUGCCUAAAUUGGCUGCACGAGUACGCCUGCUCCAGAACGUACGGCCUGGGAACCAAACUGCCUUGGGACGAUAAGUGGUUGAUUGAAUCCCUUUCUGACUCCACUAUCUACAUGGCGUUUUACACGGUGGUACACCUCCUGCAGGGCGGUACUUUCCGUGGGGAGAAGCCAGGACCUUUUGGAAUCAAACCGUCCGACAUGACCGCUGAGAUCUGGGACUACAUCUUCUUUAAGGAGACCCCACUACCAAAGAAGACGGCCAUUAAACCCGAAUAUCUUGCUGUUCUGCGUCGCGAGUUCGAGUACUGGUAUCCAAUGGAUCUCCGGGUCUCUGGAAAGGAUCUUAUCCAGAACCACUUGACCUUCUGUCUGUACAAUCACGCGGCUAUUUGGCCAAAUGAUGAGAACAAGUGGCCCAAGGGAAUGCGCGUUAAUGGUCACCUGCUGCUGAAUUCUGCUAAGAUGUCUAAAUCAGAUGGAAACUUCCUUACCCUUACCGAAGCUGUGGACAAAUUCUCAGCAGAUGGCAUGCGUCUUUGUUUGGCUGAUGCUGGCGACAGUGUGGAGGAUGCCAAUUUCGUUGAGAGCACUGCAGAUGCAGGUAUCCUCCGCCUAUACACCUUCAUUGAGUGGGUCAAGGAAAUGCUGGACACUAGGAGCAGUCUUAGAAAGGGUACUGAAAAGACCUUUAAUGACCAAGUUUUCCUGAGUGAACUCAAUUUGAAAACCCAGCAAACCGAUGAGAAUUACCGUAAAAUGUUGUUUAAGGAGGCGUUGAGGAGUGGCUUUUACGAACUUCAGUUGGCCAGGGAUAAGUACAGGGAGCUGUGUGGCGCACAAGGAAUGCAUGAGGAUCUGGUACUAGAGUUUAUUCGCAGACAGGCUCUUUUGGUUUCUCCCAUUUGUCCUCAUAUGGCGGAACACGUUUGGGGAUUGCUGGGUAACAAGGAGUCUAUAGUCCACGCUCGCUGGCCAGAAGUUGGAUCCAUCAAUGAAGUCGACAUCCUGUGCUCGGAGUAUCUCAUGGAAGCCGCUCAUUCCUUCCGUCUGAACCUUAAGAACUUGCUGCAAUUGAAGGGCAAGGCUGGAAAAGAUAAGUCUGUGGAUCUCCAGGGAGCCAAACCUAAUCGAGGACUUAUUUGGGUUGCUAAGACAUAUCCUCCUUGGCAGUGCUGUGUCCUCGAUACCAUGAAAGAAUUGUACAACAAAUCACAAGCCCUACCAGAUAACAAAGUCAUAGCUGCUACACUUCAACAAAAGGCUGAAUUGAAAAAGUUUAUGAAACGCGUGAUGCCCUUCGCCCAGAUGAUUCGAGAAAAGGUGGAGUCUGGCAAGGGAGUUGCAGCUUUAGCAGUCACCUUGGAGUUCGACGAGCGUCAAGUGUUGAUCAGUAAUCUGGAGUACCUGAAAAACACGUUGGAUCUGGAUGUAUUGGAAAUUAAGUACACCGAUGAUCCUUCAGCGCCUGAGAAAACUAGAGAGGAAGUUCGUCCCGGCUCUCCCUUCAUCAGCUUCUCUGUGGCACCCAAUGUGAGCGUAGAGCUGACGAAUCCUAUCGAGCGUUCCUCGCUUUUCCAGGUCAACACCGUUAUCUCCGAGGGGGACACCGUGCAGUCCCUGAGAGAGAAGCUCUCCAAGAUUAUUGGGCUAAAAACAGAUACGGCCAACCUAAAGAUCUGGCGCUAUGAGGAUCCCGUUCUGGGUCCCAGGAAGAUACCCAACUUUGAGGACUACAAAGCCGGAAAGGUUGUGCUCGACGAGGGAAGUUUCAUCCUGGAUGUUGCGACCAAGAAAGUGAGCCUGGACCAGUCCGGAAAACUGACUGAAGUGGGAAGAAAUCUGAUUUAUGUUCUCGAUUAAAUCGAACACCAUCACAAGCCUUAAUUUAUUCAUAAAAUGAAACGUAAUCCUUGUAGAACAAAACCUGGCUAUUAAAAUGUACUGUGAACUGCUUGUAUCCAAUCCAAAUUAAA